AUGAGUACCUCUUCGCUCUCCGUCUUUGCCAGGCGGCUUGGUUCCCGGCCAUGGACCUGCACGACCUGCAAGAGCCAGCUCCCUCAGCCGAUGGUGGCACGAUUCGGUGGCGCCACCAGACGCUUCGCCUCGACGACGGGCAAAAACGGCUCGUCGCACCAGCAGCCGCGCCGGCCGCGCCGAGCGCUCUUGUUCGCGUCGACGAGUGCGGCUGUGGGUGGCGUCACGGCUCUCGCCUUCAUCGACGACAUCAAAGGCGUGUACGAGGCUGCGGAGCGCAGCGGUCGCGUCGUCGCCGGGCUGGCCAUUUGCAUCAACGAUUACCGCACGACGCUCAACCAAAGAGCGCUGAUUGAAAACGACGACGAAAAGGGCGCCCUUCUCAAGGCGUGCCACAAACGAUGCGCCGAGCGCACUUUGAAGGUGCUCGAGAAGAAUGGUGGCAUCUUUAUCAAGCUCGGCCAGCACCUCAGCGCCAUGAACUACCUCUUACCCUCCGAGUGGACGACGACGUUUAUCCCGCUCCAGGACAAGUGCCCCGUCUCCUCGUUCGAGUCGAUUGAAGCCAUGUACAAAAAGGACACGGGUGAGGACCUGAUGGACUACUUCUCCUCCUUUUCGCGCGAGCCCAUCGGCGCCGCCUCGCUCGCGCAGGUGCACCUGGCCACGAUUCGCGCCUCUGGGCAGCAGGUGGCCGUCAAGGUGCAGCACCCGGAGCUGCAGGCGUGGGCGCCGCUGGACCUGGCGCUGACGCGGUACACCUUUUCGACGCUCAAGCGCUUCUUCCCCGAGUACGACCUCGAGUGGCUGUCGUCGGAGAUGGAGGUGUCGCUGCCCAAGGAGCUGGACUUUCAAGAAGAGGCCGUCAACGCCCGCUCCAUGCGCGACCACUUUGCCGCCAUCCCGCAGCUCCCGCUCAUCAUCCCCGACGUCGUCUGGGCCCGCCGCCGCAUUAUCGUCAUGGCCUGCGAGGCCGGCCACCGCCCGGACGACCUCGCGUACCUCGACGCCAACGGCAUCGACCGCGACGAGGUCGCGGCCACGCUUGCGCGCAUCUUCAACGAGAUGAUAUUUGGCGACGGCGCCCCGCUGCACUGCGACCCACACGGCGGCAACCUCGCCAUUCGCAAAAACGACUCGUUUCGCGGCUUCGGCAGCAGGCCCAACUUUGACAUCAUCCUCUACGACCACGGCCUGUACCGCGAGAUCCCGCUGUCUCUGCGCCGCUCGUACGCCAAGAUGUGGUUGGCCGUCAUGGAUGGCGACAUGGACCGCAUGCGGCACUACGCGCACGAGGUCGCCGGCAUCACCGACAAGGACUUCCCUCUCUUCGCGUCCGCCAUCACCGGCCGCGACUACAGUGUCAUCUCGACACAAGGGUCCAUUCUGCGCGCGCGCAGCGGGGACGAGGAAGCGGCCAUGUCCACCUCCCUGCAGGAGGGCCUCAUCGUCGACCUCGUGCAGCUGCUGAGCCGCGUGCCGCGCAUCAUCCUCCUCAUCCUCAAGACCAACGACCUCACCCGCAGCCUCGACGAGAACCUGCACACGCGCCAGGGGCCGAUCCGCAGCUUCCUGAUCCUCGCCCGCUACUGCACGCGCACCGUGUUCUACGAGCAGCUGGACAAGAUCCGCGAGCGCGGCGGCUCGUUCCUCUGGCCGGCCAACGCGGUCCGCGUCGUCGCGGCGUGGGCGUCGCUCAUGCGCGUCGAGAUUAGGCUCGAGGUAUUCGAGCUCUGGCUGAGCAUCAAGCGCAUGCUGGGGCUGAAGAGGAGCGUGGACGGGCUGUGA